AUGAUACGAAAGUUUGCGAAAUAUUGGCGCGAUUCUGCCUCCUUGCUUGUGGUGGCACGGGACCACGCGUCGGUACCGAAAGACCAGUACAAUUACAAGGUGCUCGUCUUCAAACGCACAGCCAAAACGUCGUUCAUGCCGAACAGCAUCGUUUUCCCCGGUGGUGGUUUCGACAAGCAGGACGCUUCGAUUGACUGGAACUCGUUUUUCCGUGACCGAAACGUAUCGACUUCCGCGUUAGAGAACCUGACGAAGGUAGCUGGAUCGCGGCCGUACCUUUUCCACACCGAAAGUGCAGAUUUGCUUGACCGCAACAUAUCGCUGCGGUUGUGUGCUUUGCGUGAAGCCUUCGAAGAGCUCGGUGUACUGCUGGUACAUGACGGGGAUCGGAAAUCGGGCUACAGUCGGUGCGUGGACACGUUCGACGUUGCGACUUGGCAGCAAAAGAUACACGACGGUAAAGCGUCCUUCCAGGAGCUCCAUUCCACGCUAGGUAGCGCGCCGGAUGUGCUUAACCUGUACGAAUGGUCCUGCUGGUUAACGCCCUCCAUGUUCCGUAAGCGGCGAUUCGAAACGGUGUUCUAUCUGGCGGUGUUGGAUGAAAAACCUACCGUGCUACCGGAACAGCAUGAAGUGCAGGAAUAUUUCUGGGACACACCGACGGGGUUGCUGGAAGCGCAUCGUGCGGAGAGGAUUUGGCUGGCACCGCCACAAACGUACGAACUGGCCCGACUCAGCUACGUCCACGAUAUCGACCAGCUCGCAUCAUUCGCCGUCAACCGCAAUCGGAAGGGCUCGACCGUUCUCUGUACGGUGCAGUACAAUGCAGCUGAUGGUGUGGUUUUCGUUUUACCCGGGGACGACCUUUACCCGCACGGGUACGAUUAUAUCGGUGAUAAUCCGGAUCUUGAUAAAUACGGCGAGCAGACGAGGGAAGAAAUUCGAAGACAAUCGAAACGGUUACACCGUGUCGAACAUACGGAUCUGCACCAUCAGGAGUUUUUCCUCAACCAGCAUCCGCUGGACGACCAUCUCCAUAUACAGGGACAAAAUGCACAUUUGCAAGGAUUCCGUGAACCAUAAAGUGGACACAAUUCGAGACAGACAGCGAAAAUCUUGUACAAAAAGUAGUGAAAGCAAUUUAGCGCAAUAAGUUUAUAACGGGCUACUAG